AUGUCUCUCCCGCGGUUUGCCCCGUUCCCUGACGUCGAGGUCCGCCAGCACAUAUUACCCGUUGAAUGGACAGUUUAUCUGGAUACCUGGACGUCUCUAGCAGAGCUGCAUCUUCGGCUUAGCGACUCUCAGUUCCGGAAUGCUAUCAUAGAGGAUGCAUCUUCUUUGACAACUUUUCUUACCUCUUUCUUCCACGAGCUGGCCAACGAUGACAGCUUGUUGCCGCAGACUCUUUUGCUACGAAAGAAAUGCUUCUUCCUUUUACAUCGGAUAUAUUCUGAAGACAACGUGCCGGCACCGCUGCUCGGCUGGUCUCUCUUGUCGGAUGCAUGCCGUAUCUUUUCAAAGAGCGCCCAAUUCCGGUCUCUCUUGGAGCGUCUGUGGAAACGAAAAGCUGCAUCAAUUGAGAAUAGUCUCCAACCCGCGAAGAUUUCACUGAUCAAGUAUCUGGAUUCAAAGAUACCAGAAAAGGCACAAAGCACGCUGGAAAAGCUUGCGGCUCUGUUACGAUUGUCGCCUGAUGCAGGGAUGUAUAUGAUUACGGGAUCUGAUUUUCUGGAUUCCUUAUGCAAUGCACACCCCAAAGUGGACACUUCUUUCCAAACGAAACUUACUACGACUGCGUAUCUAGGCCUUAUAUCUCUUCUUGGAGGCGCCAAGCCCAAUUUCUCUGCAUUAUCGGAUCAUUUAUACAGUCUUAAAGCGAACGGCGAGCAGCAAGCGAAGAUUGGUGCCGCUCAGACAUCGCUCAUUGCAGACCUGGUGACGAAUACUCCUCUCCUGCACAAAAUCAGAGAUAAGGCGACUGUGCCUGAAGCUGCGAGGGUGAAGAACUUCGCUACUUCGCUGAGUUCCUUUCAGCAGUUGUCCGUCGCCCGGCCAAAGAAGCUCGUUCGUCGAAAGGUUGAUAAAGGCAAGAGUCAGGCAACCGAAGACGAGCAUGGACACGGUGCAUUUGACGAGAUACAUGUUCAUCGUAUGAGCAUGAUCAGCCAAAUACAGGACCUCUUCGCAGACUUGGGCUCCGGUUUCGUGGUGAAGCUGCUCGAUGAGUAUAAUGACAACAUUGAAGAGGUCACUGCGCACCUCUUAGAAGACUCCUUGCCUCCACAUCUCGCCAACGCAGAUCGGAGUGAGCCAAUUCCUUCCCUUUCCGCCGCAAAGCCACACUUCACGCCACGACCAACGCCAACCGCUGUCGAGCGCCGCAACAUCUUCGAUAACGACGAGUUUGACCGCCUUGCUGUGGAUGCAUCACGCCUUCACAUUGGUCGCAGGAACGCCAAAUCCACGGCCGAUACUAUCCUCUCUGACCGCACCGCCGCUCCUAGAAAAUCUGCAAUCAUCUCCGCCCUUGCAGCCUUCGACUCGGACGAUGAUGAGCGCGACGACACAUAUGACGUAGAGGAUGUCGGUGGCACUGUGGACUCUGCAGCACCAGGACCCGACGAGGCCGAUGUUGAUCUUAGGGAUAAGAACGAGGAAGCGCUGUUUAGAGCUUACACUACUACUCCGGAUCUUUUCGCACGUGACGCAGAGAGCAGGCGAGGUAAAGCCAGAACAGCACUGAAGAGCGAAACGGGUAUGACGGACGAGGUAAUCGAGGGUUGGGGUCUGAUGAUGGGUCGUGAUCCUAAGCGAUUCCGGCGUUUGCGGGCUAAGUUCUCGGCUUUCUACGGACAGCAGACGCAACUUGCUUCGACCUCGUGGCGGGCAACGCCGGCUGGCUCUGAUGCUGAGGUAAUAGAGGCCAGCGGGGAAGGACAAGGACAGCGCGGCGGAAGAGGAGGCGGGAGAGGUCGUGGUCGAGGUAGAGGACGAGGCGGUGGUGGCCGUGGCGACGGUAAUGUCGCUGGGCCCAAUGAUGAAAAGGGCACACAGGUUUCAAGACAGAGGAAGGAGGCGAACAAGAGCUCGAGAGCGAAUCACAACCGGAGAGAUCAGCGGGCGAGAAAGAUGGCUAGGGGGGGUUUGCCGGGAUGA